UUUAAGCCCCGGCGCGACACAGAGCAGGCAUUCAUAGAAGGGCAGCGCGAGCGAGGGGGCUAGGGAGUGAGCGCGAGCGUCACUUUGGAAACUCGGGAACACACGGACUUUCGUGCUAAGCGGGCGACCUCAUUUUUCAUUACUGAAUAUUUAGAGAAAGGACUACAAUUUCAAAGACUGCAAGGGAGAGGACACUGUUCUACUGGAGCAAGAGGUGGGAAUCAACAGGUAAACUGGGAUCCACAAUACGCGCUCAGCGUAAGACACCAGCAACACGGAUGGAAAGAACUUUGAUGAGGAAUCCAAACAGAAUUUUAGAACGUAGACUGAGAGUUGAGACUGACUGGGAGUUUAUAUAAAGGAGACCUCGAGUGACAGAAACAAUCCUUUCGUUUUAAACAGGCAUAGUUUAUAUUCCUGAAAAAAGGUGAACUUCUUCAUUAGUUCAGACAUAGGGAUAGGCCUAGGAUUAGUAGUUGAACACCCAUAGGCCAAGGAACUAUACCCUGUACACGUUCUGUUACUCACCUGAGGGAGGAAGCUUUCUUGGAAGAGGGGAAAGAUGUCGGGAGAGGAGCAGAGUUUAUCUGAGUUAGAAAUGAGUCCGGGGGUCUCGGACGACGGUCACUCCUUGUCACCGGGUCACUCAUCCAGUGCCGCAGGCGGAGGAGACUCACCCCUGUCCGGUCCGCAGCCCCAGCUAACAGGGGUCGGGGACGACGCCCUAUCCGAUGUAGCUGGCGGGAUUUCCAUCAAGUCCGAUGAAGACGACGAUCGCUUUCCCAUUGGUAUCCGCGAGGCAGUGAGCCAGGUGCUGAACGGCUACGACUGGACUCUCGUGCCUAUGCCUGUGCGCGUAAACUCCGGCAGCAAAAGCAAGCCGCACGUGAAAAGGCCUAUGAACGCAUUCAUGGUGUGGGCACAGGCCGCACGGAGAAAACUGGCAGACCAGUAUCCCCACCUCCACAACGCGGAGCUCAGCAAAACCCUCGGGAAACUAUGGAGGCUCUUGAAUGAGAGUGAUAAGAAGCCUUUCAUCGAGGAGGCGGAGAGGCUGAGGAAGCAGCACAAGAAGGACUACCCGGAGUACAAGUACCAGCCACGCCGCCGCAAGAAUGGCAAACCCGGCUCCGGCUCUGAAGCUGACGGCCACUCUGAGGGUGAGGUCAGCCACAGCCAAUCGCACUACAAGAGCCUCCACCUGGACGUGGCGGCCCACGUCAGGGGGGCGGGGUCUCCUCUGGCUGAUGGACACCACCCACAUACUGCAGGCCAGAGCCACAGCCCUCCUACACCACCCACCACCCCCAAGACGGAGCUUCAGUCUGGGAAGUCGGGCGAUGGGAAGCGGGAGGGCGGUGGAGCAGGGGGCUCCCGUGGGGGAAUGGGGGUAGGAGCAGAGGGUGGCUCUGGAUCAGGGUCAGGCAAACCACACAUUGAUUUCGGCAACGUGGACAUCGGUGAGAUCAGCCACGAGGUGAUGGCCAACAUGGAGCCCUUUGAUGUGAACGAGUUUGACCAGUACCUGCCCCCCAAUGGGCACCCGGGGAUUGGACAGAGUGCUGGGUCAGCGGCAGCAGCAGGGUCCUCUGCCUCUCCCUAUGCCUACGGUAUCUCCUCUGCCCUGGCCGCGGCCAGUGGACACUCUGCGGCGUGGCUAUCCAAACAGCACCAGCAGCAUCAUGCCUCACCUCUGGGCUCCGACCCCUCCAAGGCUCAGAUUAAGAGUGAGGCCGGCUCGGGGGGACACUUUGCCGAAGCAUCCUCAGGGGGUUCCCAUGUCACCUACACUCCCCUCAGCCUGCCCCACUACAGCUCUGCUUUCCCCUCACUGGCCUCCAGGGCCCAGUUUGCAGAGUAUGCUGACCACCAGGCCUCGGGAUCCUACUACGCUCACUCCAGCCAGGCCUCAGGGCUGUACUCUGCCUUCUCCUACAUGGGGCCCUCGCAGAGGCCCCUGUACACAGCCAUCACUGACCCGUCCAGCGUGCCACAGUCACACAGCCCCACGCACUGGGAGCAGCCGGUCUACACCACCCUGUCGCGGCCCUGACAAAGACCAGGAGCAGAUGGCUCUGGUGUAGAUUUGGCCCCAACGGCAGACCCACAGAGCGGAGGAGACCUGGGUUGGAGGCAGUGGGGAGAUGGAAUCCCCUUCUGGUCUGGCCCAGAUGCAGGAUGGCCUG